AUGGACUUUGGAAAUGAUGACUUUGGUGGUGGCGACGAAACACCCCGUGCUAUUGAUACCCGAUUCCAGCGUGACUCCGAAAGCCCACUCUCCGAUGCUGGAUCCGACCAAAUGAACCGACUAGAGGAGGAGUUUAACCGCGAGGAAACUGCUACCCCGGAGGCGACCACCGCCCAGCAGGGCCAGCGUGCGAAGCGCCAGAAGCUUUUGGCGCUCGACAAGGAGGUUGCAAUCUCGAGCGCCAAGUUCAAGGAUCAGCAAAACGAUCGUUCCGCCAUCAUGAAGCCCGCUUCUUUCCUGCCCCGUGACCCAGUUCUUCUCACACUCAUGAACCGUCAGCAGAACGGCGACUUUGUGUCUAGUGUAUUCGGUGAGGACCGGGGCCGCGGAUGGGCGCCUGAGCUACGUGGGAUGCUCUCUUUGGACUCUGUUAAGAGGGCCGGUGAAUUGAAGCGCAAGCGUGAUAGCGGUGUCUCUGACAUGGAUAUCGCUGCCGCCGACCUCCCUGCUCUCGAGCUUGGCGACGACGAACACACUGUCGCCCUCGACGAGGGUAUUUCUCUUGACACCACCAUGAACCAGCGCUCUGAGAUUGAGUUCCCCGCGGACGAUGGAGAGCAAUUGCAUCUCAGCGACGACGGUGGCAUGGACCAGGGUAUUGAUGAGCUGGACGACACGAUCGUUCACCCUGUGGACACCGAGCCGGUCUCGAUGGGCACCAAGCACGCCGUGCACAUUCUCCGCGAGAAGCUUGGUGACGAGUCCACUCAGCAGAAGCAGAGCGUUUUGUUCCAGGACAUGCUCCCCGAGCAGCGCUCGUCCAAGGCCGACGCCACCAAGAUGUUUUUCGAGGUUUUGGUUUUGGCCACAAAGGAUGCCGUCAAGGUCGACCAGGGCACCAAGUCUAUUGGUGGUCCCCUUGAGAUUCAUGGUAAGCCGGCACUCUGGGGCUCCUGGGCCGAGGAAAAUGCUGGUGGUGCUAUGAGCCAGCUCACUCAGGCUCUGUAG